AUGGAUACGUCUCAAAGAGUGUUUUGGUGGGGGCAUAAAACUAACAGAGGUUUAAACCUUAUUGCUUGGAAGUCUUUAUGCAUUGACAAAAAGGAAGGAGGUCUCGCAUUUAGGAAUCUUGAGCAAUUUAACCUGGCUCUUCUCAUCAAACUAGCGUGGAGAUUAUGUACAGAGGAAGGAGAACAGUGGGUAAAACUCAUGAAGGCAAAAUACUCCCCAUAUGGCAGUUUCCUUCAUCUGCAAGAUAAUCCAUCCAACACCUCAUGGAUUUGGAAAGGACUUGAUUCACCACCCACUCCAAAGGAUACUUUCAGAGAACCAGCAAGAAUAAUUUAUGUAGCUGACUUGUUCCUAGACAACCCUAGAAGAUGGAAUGAACAACUAAUUAAAAACUUGUUCGAGGAUGAUACUGUAAGAUUAAUUUUGGAAAUGCAUGUGUCUCAACAAGGGAAUGAUAGGCUCAUCUGGGAACCGAGUAGGAAUGGACAAUUUUCGCAAAGGAUUAAGGUGGCUGACUGGAUAUCAACUUGGUUUCAGUCAACAGUCGAUUCUAGCUCCAAGUCAGAUAAACAAGCUGUCUUAAAAUGCAUGCUAACUGCUUGGUUUAUAUGGAAGAAUAGGUGCUCUAAGCUCUUUCAAAACAGAGACCAAAACAUCCUUAGCACAUCUCACUCAAUAAAUUUCAUGCUCAAGCAAUGUCAGAUUACAACUCCUCAAAGACGAAAUAAUAAGCAAGUUUGGCAACUACCGCUACAAAAUGAAGUUAAAAUAAAUAUGGUUGCUGCCUUUGAUUACAAUACCAAAACAAUUGGGCUUGGUUUACUAAUUCGUGAUUAUACAGGUUUCUGCCAAGGAAUCAGGUGCAAGUUCAUCAAUGGAGGAGUAGACUCUGAACAGGCGGAAUGUCUAGCCCUGAAAGAAUCCAUACUAUUUGCUAGACAACGCAACUUGAGGAAUGUGGUGCUGGAAUCAGAUAAUCUUAAUGUAGUUAAUGCAGUCAAGAAUGCCAAUAGCUCGGUUCACUGGAGGAACCAAGUUCAUGUAGAUGAAAUAAAGAAUUUGCUUAUCUCCUUUCCUUGUUUUAAACUAAACUAUGCUAAUAGGACAGCUAACAAUGUUGCCCAUGUUAUUGCCAAAACAGCUAGAUCAAACAGGCUAUAUUUAGACUACUUUGUUAACUUCCCUAAAAAUAUUAAUCUUGCUAUAUGGGAAGAUAAGCAAGCAUGUCAAUCUAAGUUAUGUAGUAUUGCAAGUUAA